AGUCGUACGUGGUUAUGUAUAUAGUCGUACGUGGUUACAUAUAUAGUCGUACGUGAUUACGUAUAUAGUCGUAGGUGAUGGGUGUUGUGUAUCUACUGCCAAUGAAUGGGAAUGAGUGGCCUGAGUGUUGGUGCUGUGGUGAGUCUGUCCAAAUUAGUACAUGAUGUGGGGGAACCCAUCAUCGUCAAGUUCUCCGCCGCAGCCAACCACAAAGACAUCACCAUCAACGGCGUCCACAUCAUCCAGGACGUGCUAUUGGGCGACAAGAAGAUCUCUGUGGCUGUGCAUUCAUUGCUCAACCCUAAAAUAGCCGAGAGCAGCUAUGACUCUAAACAAAAGGUGAGUCAGCAACAACAGUCCAACCACGUUUGCUAA